CUCUUCAUUAUUCAAAUAUUCGCAUUUUGGGAAACACGACAAACAUAUAUCCGAUAUUAUUAUGAACGAUCACAUGUUAGCGAAAAAAUCCGAGAAAAAUAACCCCUUGAUAAUAAUCUCAUUUGUUGUGGGUUUGAUAACUGGCUGCUUGUUGGCCUUCCUAUUGACACUUACCCAAGUAUCAUCUCAUCGUAAUAUGAGCAGUAUCGAUGAUAAUAAUGGAAUGGUGUACAAAUUACAAAAAAAAUUACAACCCAACGCCAUAUACGAAAACUAUUUUGCUCAAGCUCCAUCUGAAAAUUACAGCGCUCCGGUAACACUACCAAGUGAUGAUGCUUUAAAAGAAGGAAGUUCAGUUAACGAGCCAACAAAUUCUGGAGAUAAUUAUAACAAAUUAAUAGUCGAUUCCGCUGACAACGAAUACGGUAGUAAUCAAGAAUAUUCUGCCGAUCAGCUUUUUUCGGAAACAAUCUCGGAUUACAUUGAACCUGAUUAUACAUAUGAUUUUCACUUGAAUGUAUUACAGAUGCGCAAGAGAGACUUGAAGAACUUCGCCAACAAAAUGAAUAAUAACGAUAAUAAAGGAGAUAAUAACGAAGAGUUAGAUCUAAAUCCUGAAAUAACUUUUGGCGAAUCUAAGAUGUUAAGAAUUCCCAGAGCAAGCAGAAAACGAGGUGGAGUUGAAGAUUCCGAAGAUCCCCGUCCACCUACCAAUUCUAGGAUGGGAAACAUAGACCAGUCCAUAAGUAACAGCAUAUCCAGGAGAAGGCGGAAGAAAAGAAAUUUGACCGAUCGCCGGAAUAAAAUGUCGAAAGACACCCAAAAAGAAAUGAAUAAUAGGGAUGAUGAAGAGUUAAACUCGAAUGAUGAACUAAUAUUUAAUGCAUCUAAAAUGAGGAACCCCAGAGCAAGCAGAAAGCGAGGCGGAGUAGAACAAUAUGAAGAGCUUCCGCCUACAAAUUCAAGGACGGGAAACAUAGACCAGUCUAUAAGUAAUUCUAUAUCUAAGAAAAGACGGAAGAAAAGAGAAAUUACCCAAUUUGUAAGAAUGGAAAACUUAGAUGCACCGAACGCAUUACCGCCAGCCCAUUUAACCAUGUACGUAGAAAUCCAAAGUGGAGAUGGAUCACAUAGUCGGAAAAGGAGGGAUUUGCCAGCUAAGAUAUUAGCGCAUUCAAGGAAUAUCGAACGUAUCCUAGUAGAUGAUAACAUACAUAACACAAAAAAAGGUGGCAACGAGAAAACACAGAAAAAAUCCAAAAAGGACUGGAAAUUCACUGAGAAUAAUCAAAAUGACAAUAUCAUUAAAAACGAUAUAUUAAAUGUCGCCAUUAAAAGGGGGCUAAAACCAAGGGCCAGAAAUCCUAGAAAUUCUUCGAAAGGUGGCUUCAUACGGAGGAAGAAGGAUAUGAAACACAACUACAAGAAAAUGAAAAUCGAACUUGCUAGCAUUAAAAAUAUGAGGAAAGAAGGUGGUGACUUGAAAAAACCAAUCAGACGAGGAGCGAAAGGUGUCAAGGGCAGAUCUCUCUAUGGCUUGGCUAUAGACCUUUCACGAAAGGGUGACGAUAAUUUUUACGGAUUCCGUUCCUUGCUCAAGAAUCGUUAUAAAUACGGCCUGCCUAGAUCCCGCGUUUCUAUCCCUAAAUUUAGCCAACCACAAGAACGUUCAUCCCUUGAGGGAGUCGACAUUGGUAAUGUAACGGCAGGCUUGAACAGAACCGAAGGUUUGAAGAAUCCUUUGGAAAAUAAGUCAAAUAUUAGUUAUACAAGUCCGAUGAUCGACACAAAGGAAGAAGAUUAUUCUACGGUGACACAGACUAGAGAUGAGCAUAAAGAGACUCUCUUUGCACAAGGCUCAACUAUACUUCACAAACUAGCCACACAAAUAACUACGAAAGGACGAGAUAGCGUAAAUAACCUGGGUAUCUUAAGUGAAAUUCCUAUAACCGGCUUUGGCAGUAAAAAUACACAGAAGUCGACCGAGAGUCCAACGAGCUCCUCGAAACUAUUAUCAACUACUAUCAUAAUAAAAAAUUUGGAAACCGAACAAGAAGAUAUCCCUUAUACAAGUAUUAAUCAUUUUGCCACUAACAGUCAGCAUCCAUUUGAUAUAGAUGACAACUUUAAAACUAAUACUAGCCCGGAAAUUGAGAUCAACAGAAUUGAACCGAACCAAGUUGAGGGCAACUUUGAUAUUUCUACCAUUAACAAAAUAAAAUCUUAUACUAAUGUUAAUGGACUUGAAGAAUACAAAUCACGUCUCGCCUCAACGUCAGGUGAUAUAUUUGCAUCUAGCUCAGUAAAAAUUACCGCCAAAUCAACAGAGGCAGUUAAUACUGAAAAAUGGACUGAGCCACAUUCUAGUGAUUACCAUGCCGCAAAUGUUGAUAUAAAUUCAACAUCCCAUUAUUCCCAAUCCUUUCUAGAAUUCUCGAAUCCUUCUAAAACACCUAAUGACUUCGAAUUAAGGAAAGAUAAUUUGCCCGAAUACCAGACAGCGGAAGCCUAUGGAUCAUUUGGGGUUAGUUCCUUAGAUGGACCAACUCCUAGUAGGCAUAUUUACCAUUCCGACCUAUCUUUCUUGGAUAGGCGUAAAUCUAUCGAAAAUUAUCUGGGAAAACCUGAAAAUAUUCCCGGGAGUGAACUCCCAGGUGCUAGAGAUGAUGAAGACGUGUCCAAUAUUUUUCACAGAUAUAAUGAUUACCUGGGCUUUGCGGAACAUGCACCUAAAACGACAGAGGAUGAUCUGGAUAAAGUAACCCAAGGAUACACUAAGCUUCUUAAUAUCCAAGGAGAUCAUUCAACGUUCGACACACAUCUUCCUAUGGCAAGAACAUCAAAAGUUAUCGGGAAAGAAGAAGAAAAAAUGGAAACUAACAAAGUUAUGGAAGAGGUCAAAGAAUUUUUAGCUACGUCGCCUUAUUUGUAUUAUCCUGGUAAGAAAUUAAUUGAAGGAGCUCGUGAGAAUAUAGACCCGGAAUCUUUUAUGUUCAUGAAAAAACUAUCGCGGUCGGCCAUAAAAUCACCCACUCAAUCAUCCUCUGAAAUUUUCAAAAAAUUUCAACCAAAGUCAAUGGACAACGAAGAUUACGAAGCGGCAGAAUAUUUUCCCGAUUUUGAUUUGGAUCCGGAUGAAUACGAUGGAGACCAAUUGAGAGAAAUUCAAGCUCUUUCUAAAUCGCGAGCCAAUCAACCACCCUACCCAGAGGUUACGACCAUGAAAAAAGAAUUUUUUGAGAUUCAAAAAUGUCAUUGUAAAGGUUUUAAUCAGGAGGACACGGGUGUCUACUAUCAAUGCAGAUAUGACCCUACCAAAUCCAAGAGAUCGCUAAUGGCAAUGGACUGCCAUUUGUCCGAGCUACCUGGAGACAUCUUAUUUCCUCCUAACGAUUGUUCAAAGAGAAAAAUAUAAAAAAAAAAUUAAUUAAAAUGCCCUUUUUUUUUACCCUUGAACCUAACCUAAUUAUUACGA